AUGCUCCAGUUCGGUAAAUUGCGGGUGAAAAGGGAGCACUUGAAUCUCCAGAAUGUUCUGCAUGCUGGACAGAGUUUCAGGUGGAUUUUCCAUGCGGAUAAGGAUUACUAUGCUACCAGUAUGAAGGUCGGAAGUUACUCUGAAUAUUGCAUUGUUCUUUUGAAACAGCAAGACGAAAACACCAUAGAGUACGCAUCUGUUGGAAACGUAUGUGAGAUGAACGUGUUGGGUAAGCACUUAGAAGACUAUUUUAGGCUUGAAGUGGAUUUAGCAGAGGUGCAUGCCAAUGAAUGGAUUCCCAGUGAUAGUAAGUUUAAAGGUUUGCCUUCACAAGGUAUAAGAAUUCUGGGUCAAGAACCUUGGGAAACUUUGAUUUCGUUCAUUUGCUCUAGCAAUAAUAAUAUCUCAAGAAUUACAAAAAUGUGUCAUAAUUUAUGUUCAUAUUAUGGGAACAAACUUGACGAAUUUGAUUCACUGCAAUUCUACUCUUUCCCAACAAGUGAGGACCUUGUCAAAAGGGCCACUGAAGCGGAAUUAAGAGAGCUGGGGUUUGGAUACAGGGCCAAGUAUAUCCUUGAAACUGCAAAGAAAAUUGUAUUAGCAAAGAAGGCCGAAGGAUUUUCGACUGAUCAAGAGUAUUUCAAGAACUUGAUGGAAACAAAAUCAAUCGGAGAAGUAAAAGAGACUCUAAUGUCUUUCAGUGGUGUGGGACCUAAAGUAGCAGACUGUGUCUGUCUGAUGGGGCUGCGUAUGGAUCAUGUUGUUCCCGUAGACGUCCACGUUGGAAGAAUUGCUAAAAGGGACUACCAAAUAAGUGCCAGUAAGAUGGAGAUCUCCAAGCUUAGAGAAACGUAUAGUCAACUUCCCAUUACUAAAAAAAAGAUUAAUCUUGAACUGGAUUAUAUAGGUCUGCAGCUUACAAAAAAAUGGGGAAGAUAUGCUGGUUGGGCGCAGGGUUUGCUCUUCUUCAAGGAAAUUGGCGGCGCAAGUGGUGUUACCACGAAUGAGAACAUUAAGAGGCGUAGAUCAGGGGUGGAAGAAGUAGAUACAGAAAACAAGAGACUCUCUAGAGUGAAGACUGAAACUGUAACGUCGGAAAUAAAAAAGCUUUAA